AUGAUCAACCGUCUGUCUCGCCUGGAAUCCUCUGUCACCCGCUUAGCAUCCCUUCUGUCAAAGGACAAGAAUGUUGGCGAAGAGGAAGAUUCCACAUCUCCUGCCGACCAGAAUGACAACGCCACUGUCAAAGACACUCCAUCACGAAGUCAGGCAGGCUCCAGUCCAUCCAAUGAACAAGACAGGCCAGCCAAAAGAGUGAGGCUGGAAAGCCCCACGACAUCUCCCAAAACAGAACCGAAUACGGAAAAUUCUUGUCCUGUAUCCAAGACCCCUGACCACGACUUUGCCACGGCCACGGAGAUCGAAGCCCAGAAUUUCAUCCAAGGCGAGCUUGCAGACGCUUCUCGAUCCAUUGGCGUCGACCGCCGCUCCGUCCUCGAGGCAGCCUUGGAGUUUAUCGGCCAAAUGGAGCACCCUCCAAUGCCGCGCCGCGCCCUUGACACCAGCACAUGCGCAACUGAAAUAUCUGAUUGUCUGAUUUCACCAUCACCUGAAUUCUUCCACAUGAUACUAUCGGAAUCCCAACGCAUAUACCCAGCUGCCUAUGACUUGGAGUUUUCGACCUAUAUCUCGCGAGAAACGCUGGAGCGAAUGGUUCUAGCUUUGCAUAACAAAAGCGAAGAUCAGCAAACCCUGCUCCAGUACUCGGUCUGUGUGAAUGCCUGUGCCGGUACCUUCCUCUCGCACCUUCCCGAGUAUGGAGAGAGCGACGAUAUGCAGCGCGCUCUUGAGAAGUCUAAGGAUGACUAUCUGAGAAGAGCACUGAAUGCCAUGAAUUAUAUCGGAGUCCUAGGCACACCCUCCCUUGCCUUACUGCAGGCCCUUCUAACCGGCCUUUCAUCCGAAAGCAAAGAAUUACGAGCCUGUUUUCUGUGGAGCUACGUUUUCGACAAAGGCCUGGCCAUGAGCCUUGGCCGACCUGUCACCAUGCCAAUUUGGGAUGUUCCCGAGGACAUCAUUGCGCCUAUUGAACCCGAUCGACCAUUCACUGCAUUUGUACAGAUCCUCUUCCAAUUCGCAAAAGUCCAGGCUACAAUCGUAUGCGACUUGCACUUUCAACCCGCCCAAGGAAACUCUCCGCAGCGCAAAGAAGCCACCAUCAGUUCACUGAAGCGCCAAAUGGACAAAAUCCAGAAGCACAUAGUUGAAAUUCGAGCCUUCCCACCCCAUUCCUCGGAUGCUUUUUUGAUGAGCGAAUGGAUUUCGCUUGACUUUGUUUAUCACUCCAUCAUGACAAUCAUUCUUCGCUUCGACACCGGCGUUACCAUAGACCCCAUCAAACGGGAGGAGUGUCUGGACCAUGCCCGGAGAGCUUUCGUCGCCCUUCGUAACCUCAGAGCCCAUAUUCAUGCGUGCAUGAACGGCAAGACCUUUGCCUCUUUCUUACCAUGGACGGUCCUCUACUACCCUCUCCGUCCUUACUUUGUCCUGUUUUGCAACGUUGUCGCUACUUCCCAUGCCGGCGACUUUGAGCUCAUGAAGGAGUUUGCCAGCAUCCUCAUGGAGCUUCCGAAUCUCAACUCCUCUGCCCAGCGUCUUCAAAAACUCUGUGCCACUCUCGUGGGCCUUUGUGCCCCACUUAUCCAACGCGCACAGGACCAGACGCAAUCUUCCCGGACCAAUCCCCGCUCCGGUCAGAAGACUGACAGCAAUGGAGCCUCCGGCCUCGAGAGGCCGCAGCAAAUGUUUCAGAAUGGCGUCAUUGGUGAUGGUGGAAUCCCCAUGGUUGGACCAGGCACCGAAUCUGGGGCAUCGAUUGGUUCAUGGUUCCAACACAACAUGUUACACGGAGAUGCAUCUUCUGCAGGAGCUGGAUCGCUGGGAGCACAGGAUAUCCACACUUCUGGGCGGACGAGCUCAAGUGAAGAGAUGCUCAACGCAUUGUUCGAUGUUCAACCAAGUCUUGAUUGGCUUGGAAGCGAUGUUUUCGGACAGGGAACGAACUGGACUGAUUUUGAUGGCGGGUUUAACAUCAAUUAA